AAACACAGAAAAAUGUGAAUUACUGUUGAUCUCUAAAUAAAGAAAACACAAUUUUAAGUCACUGUGUGAAAUGAUAUCGCCAAGUGUUGAUUUUACUAGUUUUCUUUGUAAUAUUGCCUCGUUUAUACGUAUCUUCCAAGUGUGUGUUUAUGUAUAAUUUACAUCGUAAAAAAAGGGAAACAUGUCACAGUUAUGUAGUGCGUGUGCAAAAAUUCAAAUGCGUUUUCAUACUUGCAGUUUGAUUUUAUUCGCUUAUGCAUAGAUUAUACAUCACAUAAUAGGAAAAUCUACCUAUUGCAAUGGAAAAUACCUAUUUGCAAAAGAAUGUUUACGCGUUGUUGCUUUUAGUGCUGCAAUCGUUAUUGUUGUACAUUAUAUAUAUAAAUUUUAAGCUCAUUUCUUGAUAAUGUUAGAUAACAAGUAGAGACAAAUGAGAAAAACACAAGAAAAUAAGAUAAAAGCAGAGAAAAGAAAAGGAAAGAAAAAAACGUAAUCGACAAUAAUAGGUAUAUAUCGUUGUGACUGCUUUUGCUUUUUACUAUUCAGCUAAUUCAAUACCUAAUCGUGAAAAAGCGCGCAUUCUCCGCGAUAUCAUUUAAAAUAAUUUCCGACGCCGAAAAGUUCUUAAUACACUUCAAAGGCCAAUGAUGAAAUUUUUUUUCCAUCAAAAAGCAGGGUUUUUAAUCAACACACGAAAUUCACAUUUCCCCAUUGGUGUGGAACCAGCUAAAAUAACGUCGUUAAAACCAUGUAGCUCGUAAACGAAUUAUCAAAUUUGCGUGGAAUUGUGACAACCAUUGUUUCCAACAUUUUGUUUGACAUUUAUUCAGUCCAAUGAAUUAUUGAUAGAUGGAUUCAAAAUUUAUCUUUCGGAUGACUGAGUUCGUAUAUCAAUUUAACUCUGAUUUUGUUUAUUAUUUGGGGAAUUUUCUGAGCGUUUUUACAUGUUACAAAUGGAAUGACAAAACUCACCCAUCAAUAUUCCCUACUGUCGGAUUUGUUAUAAAACGUUUGCUGCAUUUUGAAUCAAAAUAAACACCAGCCGCACGAUAAAUUUUCUUAUGAGAAGAGAGAGAAGAGAGAGAAAGAGCAAAAAUGCAAAAAAAAACUGUAUAAUGUUAUUUAAGCUCGAAUUUAUGUUUGUUUAAGCUUUAGCUUAAAAUACUCUAAUAAGAUGAUAAAAAUAAAUUAUUAUUUUUCAUCGGCUUGGCCUUUUAGUAUGAAAAGUUUGGUUCUUUCCUCACAUUAAACUGUAUGAAUUGAAUGAAUUUAGAGCGUGAUAAAAAGUACUGUAAAAUGAAAUCCAAGCUAACUAGAAAAUUGCCUAAAAGAUAUCGAAUUUUUUUGACCUUUAUGAAAAGAGUUUUCAUAUUUAACUAUUUUUCUUCGAAUUGCUUUGUUACGUAAACAUUAAUGAUGUCGUUGUUUAUAUCUGCUAUUGGAAUAGAGGAGAAUGGAAUGUAUUAAGUUCAUCACAUCAGGGAUUUUAUAACCUACUCUUCAUACCUUACUUUUGUUUGCUUGCCAACAAAAUUUUUCUUAAUAGUCUUUAUCUAUUCAUUUUUAGUGUCAAAUUUCAAAUUACUUUAAAAAAAUUGCAUAAUUUUUUGACUUUUCCUAUGUAAUAAGAUUCUCAAUUAUGAGUAAUUUUUAUUGAGGACAUUUCAUGUGUUCUUAAACAUAAUUAAUGUUGAGCGUGUGGUAUAAAAUUGCCCCAUUUUUAAUUCCUUCUCAUCCUUUUUAGUACGGUGAAAUUUUUCAAGUUAUUUUCGACGUGUAUCGAAAAUAAGAUUUAAGAAAACGACAAUUAUCUAUUUUUCCCACAAUAUUAGGAAUGGUAGCCCGAAUCAUAAAAGAGGGAUUAAAAUUGUAGCGCCUUUUAAAUAUUAUAACCCAGCGUAAUCUUAACCUAUCCAGGAACAUCACAUUCCUUUUAUUUUCUUUGUUGUACAAUAUAUAGGAAUGUCAAUAUAUUUACUACACAUGUGUUUAAGUUAAUAGCCAAGAACACGAAAAUAAUUGAAAAAGGAUAAUUAAAAUAACCAGCGCUAAAAAUAUAAAACUGUAAAAAAAAAACACAGAUGAACCUAAUAUGCAUUUAGAAGAUGUUUAAGGGAGUGAGUGAAUCUUACAGUGAAUUAGUUCAUUUUACAAAUCAUAAAGCAAAUAAACGGAAAUAGUCAUAAGAAUAUGGGACAGACGACAAGUAUUGCAGCUCCUUGUCAACCGAUAAGUAGUAAUAAAAACAGUAACUAUAAUAACAAACGCUACAAUGAUAAUUUAGAUGGAAAUGCUAACGAUAACAACCAUUUAGUAAUUUGUGACGAAAGCCAGAAUACCAUAUUCUCACCUAAAGCAACAAUUCCCGCAAUUGAGGCAUACGAAUGUAAAUGCCAUGACAGCAGUAGCAAACGUCCAAGCGAUUGCAAAGGAACAACAUCGUCGAAAGGCAGUCGUUCCCGUCCUAUUACUUUAGGAACUUUUAACGCUGAGCGCGAACUAAAACGUUUAGAGAUAGUUGCCAAAAAUGAAAAGCAACAUCAAAAUACAUCAGCGAUUGAGAAUGGAUAUCAUAAAACCGACUAUUGUUAUUACCGCACCCCGCAAGGUAACUUUCACAAACUGCCUUUUGAUUCAUACCACAAAAUGUCUGAAGGCUGCUAUGUAAGAUUAGGUGACGGCAACUUUCGUCGUUUACAACUCAAUAAUAACAACGGAUGCAAUAUCAUGGGUGCCAAAAAGUCUGAGGAACGUACACCUUUGGUUAUUGACACCAUAAUGAAUAGUACUAAUAGUAGUGUUAACAAUUGCAAUAACGACAAGCCAGCCAAAACGAAAAAUUCUAUUAUACGCUUUUUAAAGAGAUCAAAGAGUCAUACACCUGCUACCAUCAAACAAUUUCAAAAUUGUAAAGAUUGCCUUUAUUUAGAGAAAAAACAACCGUUGCUAAAUAUGAACACAAAUUCGAAUCAUGAUACAAGGACAUUGCCAAUAGCCAAAGAGGUGCAAGGGCCGAUCAGUGCUAACAAUAAAGUAGUAGUGACAAUGAUAGAGAAUGGUGGUUUGCCAAUUGUGGCUACUAGUAAAGCAGAUAGACUUCGUCACAAAGAAAUCGAAAGCAAUUAUAAAUCAAAAUCAAAAAAGGGAUCUCCUAAUAUGGCAUUGCGCAGCAGUGCGCCUAUGAGAUGGCGUGCCACAGAGGAACACAUAGGCAAAUAUAAACUUAUUAAAACGAUUGGCAAGGGAAAUUUUGCUAAAGUUAAAUUGGCUAAACAUUUGCCCACUGGCAAGGAAGUUGCUAUUAAAAUUAUUGACAAAACUCAAUUGAAUCCGGGUUCGCUCCAAAAACUCUUCAGAGAAGUUAGAAUAAUGAAAAUGCUUGAUCAUCCCAAUAUUGUGAAACUAUUUCAAGUAAUUGAAACAGAAAAGACCUUAUAUCUGGUAAUGGAAUAUGCUUCCGGUGGUGAAGUAUUCGAUUAUUUAGUAUUACAUGGUCGUAUGAAAGAAAAGGAGGCAAGAGUUAAAUUUCGCCAAAUUGUUUCGGCGGUACAAUAUUGCCAUCAAAAACGUAUAAUACACAGAGAUCUAAAGGCGGAGAACCUGCUGCUAGACAGCGAAUUGAACAUAAAGAUCGCAGACUUUGGUUUUUCAAAUGAGUUCACUCCUGGCUCCAAGUUAGAUACAUUUUGUGGUAGUCCACCGUAUGCUGCACCAGAAUUGUUCCAGGGCAAAAAAUAUGAUGGUCCUGAAGUCGACGUUUGGUCUCUGGGAGUGAUUUUGUACACUCUGGUGAGCGGCUCCCUGCCAUUCGAUGGUUCAACGUUACGUGAACUGCGCGAACGUGUGCUAAGAGGCAAAUAUAGGAUUCCCUUCUACAUGUCUACUGACUGUGAAAAUCUUUUGCGUAAAUUUUUGGUAUUAAAUCCUGCAAAACGGGCCAGCCUGGAGACUAUAAUGAGUGAUAAAUGGAUGAAUAUGGGGUUUGAAGAUGACGAACUUAAACCGUAUAUGGAACCUAAACAAGAUUUAGCUGAUCCGAAACGGAUAGGUAAGACGGAAGCUCUAGUGGCAAUGGGCUACAAUAGACAAGAAAUUGAGGCCUCUUUAACACAAGUACGUUAUGAUGACGUAUUUGCCACCUAUUUGUUGUUAGGAAGGAAAAGUACUGAUCCUGAAAGUGAUGGCUCUCGUUCUGGCUCUUCUUUGUCCUUGCGCAAUAUUUCUGGAAACGAUGGCACUACUAUAUCUACUAAUACCACUUUACAAAGCCCGACGCAUCGUGGUGUUCACAGAAGUAUUUCAGCUUCUAGUACAAAACCAAGUCGUAGAGCGUCUUCCGGUGCUGAUACGUUACGUUUGGCCCCGGGUAACACUGCUGUCCAAGUAUCCACUAUUGGAACAGCCAGCACCGUUCCGGCUAGCAAUAAUUAUACUAUUGCUGGUACUGCGUCUUCCGCUGAAAGGUCAUCAAUUAGCAGUAACUUUAAACGCCAAAAUACAAUUGACGCGGCCACUAUCAAAGAAAAUACGGCUCGAUUAUCAGCCCAAAGCCAAAGGCCUGCCUCUGCUACUCAUAAGUUAUUAACAACAGCAGAUACAUCUACUAUAAGCAGCGCUAAACCACGCUCUACACCUAAAUAUGAAGCGCCGAAUAGUAACCGAACUGCAGCUACUGUUAGCAUGAUGCCUCGACGUUCUACGACUCUGUAUGAGAAGACAUCUUCAACAGAAAAAACAAAUGCUAUUUCUACAGACUCAAAUGUGUUCAACGAUCUUAGAGUGACAUCAGCUGUUAAGUCUGGCAGACAUUUUCCGAGGAAUGUUCCAUCACGUUCAACUUUUCAUUCGGGCCAAACUAGACCCCGCAACAAUCCAGCUUUGGACUAUUCGGCUACGGGUGGCGUAUCAGGAGAGUCACCACAUCCUGGCCGUAUGAGCUUCUUUUCAAAAUUGUCGUCAAGAUUCAGUAAACGCAGCAAUUCCAAUACUGAAGAAUCAGCUAAGCCAAGGGUUUUACGUUUCACUUGGUCCAUGAAAACUACAUCCCCGUUAAUGCCUGAUCAAAUAAUGCAGAAGAUUCGAGAAGUGCUCGAUCAAAAUAAUUGUGACUAUGAGCAGCGCGAAAGGUUUGUUUUAUGGUGUGUUCACGGUGAUCCAAAUACCGAUUCAUUGGUGCAAUGGGAAAUCGAGGUCUGCAAACUACCUCGUCUCUCCCUGAACGGAGUGAGAUUCAAACGUAUUUCCGGUACAAGUAUAGGUUUCAAAAACAUUGCAUCACGUAUUGCGUUCGAUUUACGACUGUGAUUCACUCAAGAAAAUUUACAAUCCUGUGAGGAACAACAUGGACGGAGCACGGAGGAAAACAAAAGAUCGAACAACCAGAAGAUGGGAGCGAGCCAGAAAUGAAGAUGCCUAAGAAGAGCAACCCGACGUUCUUAUUUAAUAAGCAGAAAAGCCCAAAAAAUAAUUUGAAAAAAUGCAGAACUGCUUAAAAAAUCUAUUUGAGUAUUUUUUGCACUUUUCCAUGAAUCGAAUUAUUGGUUAUUUCAUUAAUACUAAGAAAUACAUAUAUCUUCACAUAUAAA